AUGACCAGCUUGCUUCAGCAACUUCCGGUGUGGGCUGGGGCGACCCUGGCCACUUGGGCCAUUUGUUGGUCAGUGGUGGCGCCGGAACCUUGCCAAGAUGUCCCAACAUGCUCCAAGCAACUUCAAACCUAUCCAGGAUACUACCACAUCGUUUCGACAGCUGCCUUGGUUGCUAUGGCUGCGCAUGAGAUUUGUGGCCUUAUCGCCACCUACAUGGGAUCGCAGCAGACACAAGCCUUGAUCCCGCACUUGAAGAGCAGGUGCUUGCCCAGCUUCCUCCUGGCCUUGAUGUUUGGUGUCCUGGCGACCGCCGAGCGCCUCUUCUCUCGCGCCGACUGGACCAUCGCCCACGUCCAGCCCAAUGCAGAUGGACUCACCGCCCCUGGCCGUCCCGUGUACACGAUGCAGGCGUACAUGGAGUGGGGCAUCAAUGUGCCCAUCCUGAUGAUCCUGUCCGGCUACUGCAGCCUGGGCCGUCCCUUGCAGGAAGUGUCUCGCCCCUUGAUCGUUACCAACGUCUAUGUCAUCUUUUGCUGGGCUGCGACAGCAACCACGUCUGGCUUGCUUAAAUGGAUGCUGAUUGGUGUUGCCUUCGCCAUGUAUGGAUGGGCCUCCCUGGAUAUGUUGGCAUGGGUCCAGCAAUUCGAGCGUUCAGCACCACAAGAUUUGCCCAGCAGAGGCAUUCGACCAUGGCUUUCCAAUGGGCUGAGCCUGUACCUUGUGCUGUACGGUGUGGUCUACAUGAGUUCCGUCAUGGGAUUCAUCGAUGCACAUACGGAACGCAAGGGAUUCUUCGUUUUGACCUUUGGAUCCAAGAUCGCCUACUGCGCGGCCUUCGUGUUUAUUCGUGCUGAUGAGUACCACAAGACCCUGACGGAUGUUCUGAGGAAGGUGAGCGUGUCCAACGUGGGUAUGAUCUCCAUCCUCCGUGGAAGCUUCGACAUCAUCCUCCCCUGCGUCUUGGAUGCUGCUGGCCGCUGCAAGUUGCCACCCCAGAUGUCAGGCGACAUGGAGAAACUUGAGAAGAUGUUGGGCUGCCGCGUGGCGGGAGCCAACCUGAGGGAUCUAUUGGCGGGUGAAGAAGACAAGUCCGACUUUGCUGCCUAUGUCCGCAACGUGGUUCGCCAAGCUGAUUGCCCACAGGGUAGCGAAGUGAGCCUGUCCACACAGGGCAUUUGGACCUGCUCGGGAGGAUCCAUGCCACCCAUUGCGCAGGUCUUGCACAGCAAGAUGCUCUCCAAGCCCACCUCCGCGCGGCUCUCCGCGACGCUGCAUCUGUCGGUGGUGCCUCGCUCGGCGGUGAGCCAGGGCAAAGAGCGUCACUUGGUGGCUGCCAUCCAAUUUGCCACCUCCAUGGAUGAAUCCAAGGAAGCUGACGCUGGAAUCGCCGGAUUCGAGAGCUUCAAGGUGGAGGACGUGCAGACCAGCACGGGUGGAUCGACGCAGCUCUCCGACGUCUCUGGCUCCGCGAUCGUGGCCAACCUGGCGGACCUGACGAAGCUGGGCGCCAGCGCCAUCCUGCAUGGAAGCUCUGUGCGGGAGAGCGAGGAAGCGAGCGCCUACUGGGGACCUUCCGUCAUCUCUGACGAGACGAUGUCACACCUGGGAGCCUUUGCGGCUGAGAAGACGCCCUUCCAAGCGCCCUUUGACGCUCGCAUCGCUGGAACCUGGGAGGGCACCACGAGCGAGAAGUUGGGCAGUUAUGACCAGCGGAUUGAGUUCCACAACGACUGCAUCCAUGUGUCCAUCACGCUCAUGGGGCAGAAGUUGGAAGGUCGCUUCCGCAUGAACUGUGCCGUGGAGCCUCACCAGUUGGAUAUUGAAGUCCUCGGAAGCCAGCCAGUGACGCUGCCAUACAUCUUCAAGUUCGAUGGACAAGGCCGUUUGCACCUCUGCGGCCCCUCCGACAAGCGCGCGGUCCGCCCGUCGCAGUUCGGGGGCUCGGGUCUGUGCAUCAUGGAGCGCGUCAGCAAGUCCGGAACCCGCCGCGGCUCCUCGCGUGCCGCCUCGAAGACGGGAAGCUUGUGCUUUGAGCCUGACCCGGAAUUUAGCCGCAACAGCACGGCCGAAAGCGAGAAGGCCGAUCAAGUCAUGAAGGUGGCCUGCGAAGUGGGCAAGGAGCUUAUCAAGCCGAAGCAAAGCAAGGGUGUUGUCAGCUGGAUCGAGGAGCGCCAGCUAGCGACGUUGCUGGACCAACUGAUGGGGGUCCGAGAUCUUGAGCCCAGUGGUGGAGAAGGAUCAGCCAGCCAUGGCCGCAUCCAUGGCAUUGGCCCUGACCAGUACCAUCAUCGCCUUGCGCAAGUCCAUUUGAGCGACUCACGCGAAGAGGCUGAAGCCCAGCGACAGCUUUCGGAGCAGGAGAGGGAGGCCCCGUCGCAUCGCCUGCGCAUCACCCGCCUGCGCAUCGAGCCGGUGGAGUUGACGAAGUCCCACAUUUGUGGAGUUGGAAUGUGGGAAUUCCAGCAACCGUCAGUUCACAAUGAGCAGCUCAGCCGCUACUUGCUGGACCUGUCCUGGCAAAAGGACGCCCUCAAGGCCAUGAUUGAAGACCUGCAGAACCACGAGGCCUACACCAUUCUGGGUGUGGCACCGGAGAUUUCGGAUUCAGACCUCAAUAAGGCCUACAAGGCUGCCGCGAUGCGACUUCAUCCGGACAAGGGGGGCAACGCCGAGCAGUUCAAGGCCGCGCGUGCUGCCUACGAACGGAUCUUACAGACUAGGCAAGCUCAGAGCUCCAAGGAGGCUGAGACGGAGGCGCAGGAGGCCAAGGAGGACGCCAAGGAGGAAGUGGAGGUGAAGGCUCGGCUCCUUCGGCUCCUUCGGGUUCGGUCCUCGAGUCUGACGGGGGUGUUGAGCAUGUCCUUCUGCCUGAGCGGAGGACGGAAUGGAGGCGACAGCUGGGUGGAGAACCUGCAGGCGCCCUUGGAUGCGUUGAUCUCUCGCUUGCUGGAGUUGAAUCGAAAGCAGCAAGACGAACUCCAAGAAGUGGUGCAGCUGCAUCGCCAUGCGCUGGAGGCCUUAGAGAGGCCCGUCGUGGUGCACGACAGCUUGGGGAGCUACGAGUUCCCGCCCUCCGAGGGAGCGCGAGGGGAGUUGGAGGUGCGAGGAGACCUGGAGGACCUGCGGCCUCAAAAGCCGAAUCUGCCGGACGAAGAGGCUGAGACGUGCCGCUUCCAGCCGCUGUCGUCCACCUUCUGCACCAAGCAGCCCUCUGCGCCGGACGAUGACGAUGCGCUGUGCCGAAAGGCCGAAAGCUUUGAGCCGCUGGAGCAGCGCACGAAUAGCACCGCCAGAGAUCUCUCUGAGAGGCUGGAGGACAGUCGCUCCGAGCGAGUGUCCACGUGGACCACCUCGCGCACCCCGGGCGAGCUGGCGACGUCCUCCGCCGCAAAGGAUCUGAAGUUGGCACAGGAGCGGCGCAAUGGCUUUGAUACGGCCAUCGGAAUUCUGGUGCUCUUGAAUGCCUUUGUGAUGGUUCUAGACUUGGAAUGCCAAGGGAAUCAAGCAGGACUGGAUGCUGGCAUCAUUGGCCUGAACGUGUGGAGUGGCUUUGAACCUGCCAUCAAUGUGAUGGAACACUGCUUCGCCGUCGCCUUUUUGUUGGAGCUGUGCUAUCGCGUCUACAGCGAGAGGUGCAAGUACUUCAAAGAGGGCAUGAACAUCUUCGACACCGUCUUGGUGGCAGUGGCGUGUAUCGAUCUCUACAUCCUCACGCCCCUGUUGGCCACCUCCUCCUUCAACAACACCUCCACCCUACGGCUGCUGCGCACGGUGAAGCUAGUCCGCGCGGUCCGCAUCGUGCGAGCGCUUCGGUUAUUUCGAGGACUUCGGCUGUUGAUCAAAGCGUGCAGCUCCUUUUUGCCGUCGCUCUGUUGGUCGAUGGCCCUGCUGGGGCUCUUCAUGAUGAUGGGCGCUCUUUUCAUGGGCAACCUGCUCCAGGACUAUAUACUGGAUGAAUCUCUGGAUCGGGACAGAAGAACUUGGGUGUGGAUGCACUAUGGAACAGCCUACAGGGCCAUCUACACCAUGUUCGAGAUGACGUUUGCUGGCAAUUGGCCCGUGUACGCCCGACCUGUUCUGGAGUACGUGGGGCACGGCUUUGUGAUCUUUUACCUCUUGUACAUCACCUUCGUGGUCUUCGCAGUGAUCCGUGUCAUCAGCGCCAUCUUCUUACGCGAAACCUUAGAGGCAGCCAACAACGAUGCAGAGAUGUUGGUGCAGGACCGGCUGCACAAGAAGUCGACCUAUGUUCGAAAGCUGGAAGGCAUUUUUGCCGCCUGCGACGAGAGUGGUGAUGGGGUCCUUACGGAGAACGAGUUGACUGAGUUGAUGAGAGACCCACGCGUCCAAGUCUAUCUCGAGAGCCUGGAGAUUGAUGUGCGAGAGAGCACUGCCCUGUUCCGUUUGCUGCAGAACAGCGAGGGAGUCAUUUGCUGCGACGACUUCAUCGAUGGGAUCCUGCGCUGUAAGGGCCCGGCGAGGGCCAUCGAUCAGAUCUUGCUGGCGAAUGAUGUCAAGCAGGUCUCGGAGCAAGUGAAGAAGCUCACCGGGCUCUUGAAUGACGCAGGUGUCAUUACUGGCGGGGCCUUCACCAAAAAACACGUGAAGCGGAACCUGUCCGAUGAGUUGGCGUUGCUUCCUUCGAUGCAUGCGACUCUGUCUGGGCGCUACAUUCUGACUUGA